ACAUUUCAACCAUAUCCUUAAAACACAUAGUAUAUAUGUAUAUGCAUACAUAUAAUUAAAGUUACACCGCAACUACUUAAUUGCACUUGUGAAAACACAAGAAUAAUUCGAAAUAGUUUUGAGAGAAGAAAUUAAUUAAAUGGGUUCAUUAAUGGCAGGUUGGGAUUCACGAGUUCGUGACCCUAAAUCCAUAAAUCUGAAGAGGAACUUGUCGAUGACCAACGAAGAAAUCGCAAAUUAUUGGAGAUCAAAGAAGAACGACGAACAAGUACAUGCAGGUGUUCUUACAUCUUGUCAGACGUUUUCGAUGGAAAAUUAUAAGAAAAAUGAGUUGGAAAAAAUAUAUGGUAGAUCAAAUUCCCUUCCGAUCACAAAAGAAUAUUCCGUUAUAGAAACUUCAGAAGAAGAAGAAGAAGACGAGGAAAAACUUUUCAAGAGCCAUGGCUGGUGGAUUAAUAGUAGAUGGGCGUUUUUAAAUGAACCACCUGUUAUUGCAUCGGAAACACCUGUGGUCAGAUAUGCUUCACAAUUCCAUGUUGCUCAAAAGCACAUCAACGCCUCCGACCACCAUGCUGCCACCAACGGCAUUAGAACUUGAGUUUUAACUUUUUUUUGUAACGAAAAACAUAUACUAUAUAAUGUCAUAUGUGUGAUGUGUGAAAAUUUGGUGUCGUUUUGGUUUAUGAGUUCAUAAGUUAUAACUUUUAAAAAUGUUUAAUGUAUUGUAGUAACUGUAACGUAUUGUCAGAUGCUUUUGUGUUAAUAUAUAUGUAACGUUAAUUUA